AUGUCAGCUUCCCAGUUGACCACCCAGAUGGCUUCCGUGGCGCCCCUACCACUCUCGCUAGCUGAUCAUGGCAUCAAGACGAUUGUCGAGGUUUAUAAGGACGAGCCUAGAAACCCCAAGUAUGCUUUCAAGCAUUUUUUAUUUAGUGCUCAAGGGCAGCCUCGGUUUGGAGUGAGCUUGUGCCUCUUUGUUGAUUGCCUCAACACUCUCUUAGUUCCCGGGCACUCAAAUAUUAUUGAAAUUCAAUAUCCGGAACUAGAUAUGCAACUUUUUCUCAAGUCUGUUGAUUCCAUGGAUGCUUGCAUUUAUGGAGAGAUCAGAACAAGGAUCCCGGAUACAAUUUCAUGGGACUACAACUUUGAACAUGCUGGAAGUACUCCUCUCAGUUUCACUCUCAACUCUACAGCAUUGAAAGAAGCCAUUAACGACCUUGAAUGGCCAGGAUCUAGCAUCCAGAUAACCUUGGAACCAAUUCCCCCUUCAAUUACCUUUAGAGGUGAAGGCCAUGGAGACUUACAGAUAGAUUUUAUAUAUUAUGUGAACACCGAUCUUUUGAUUGCUGUCCAUAGUGAUCACAGAGUCUCUUACAGACACAAGUAUAAGUUUAUUCGUGCAACAACUUCAAACAUACCUAGCAGUGUCACCAGAGAUAAUCGAGGAAGCAAGUUGACUAUUGGGGAAAGUGGAGAUCACCUUACCAGAGCCGCUAAGGUGUUGAAAAAACUUAGUGGCCAAAUCCCUGUUUUCUUUAAAGUGAGGAACACCGUGCAGUAG